UUUCUAAAAGUCCUCAUGAUAAAACCCCUCUGGAAACUUCCUUCUCUCCUCUCACACUCGUCUUCCAUCCGCCUUCCUUCGUCGGGAGGAGCUCCUCAAGCCAACACUCUUAACCCUAAUCCUCCCAAUCCCUCACCUUCCCAAGACCCCCAGCUUUCGGAUCUCCAGCGCUCUCUGAACUCCAAACCGGUCGUUCGAGAACCCCCGAUUCCCCUUUCCCGAUCCCGGUUCGGCCACCUCCAUCGCCGGAAUGAGAUUCGCUUUCUGAUCUCCCGCUUCCUCCUCUCCUCUUUCUCUUCCGCCAUCUACGUGUACCCUACCGUUCUCCGGUUGUCCAAUAUAGCAGCUAUGGCGAUCCGCGUCACCGUCUCUCGGAUGCUUAACUCCUGUUCAGAUGACGCUAAGACAUUCUUCACUGCGUUGACUGUUCUGCUGUUAUACGGGUCAUUCUUGGCAGAGCCAAGAUCGAUCCCUUCGAAGUCGAUGUUUCCGACAUUUGACGUUGGAGAUCGAAUUCUAGCUGAGAGGUUUUCUUACUUGUUUAGAGAGCCUGAAGUCAGAGAUAUUGUCAUAUUUAGAGCUCCACCAAUCCUUCAGGAAACUGGGUAUAGUUCACGUGAUGUUUUUAUCAAAAGAGUUGUGGCCAAGGCUGGUGACUGUGUUGAAAUACGUGAUGGCAAGCUGUUGGUGAAUGGUAUAAUCCAGGAUGAAGAAUUUAUUCUAGAGCCACUUCGAUAUGAAAUGAAACCAAUGUUUGUGCCCGAAGGCUGUGUCUUUGUUUUGGGGGAUAAUCGAAAUAACAGCUUCGACUCUCAUAAUUGGGGGCCUCUUCCAGUGAAGGACAUUAUUGGAAGGUCGGUGUUCCGUUAUUGGCCUCGGUCAAGAAUCUCAGACACCAUUUAUGUACGAAGUAUGGUGCAGAAUGUGAUGGGAGUUGAUGCAUAUUCUUCUGCAAAUAAAGACUACAUUUGAUUGAUGAGGUGGAUUUUGACCCAAUUGGUUGCCUGGUAAUUUAUUCAUCAACCUUCUAUAUCAGAAAUGUUUAGGUAGAACCAAAGUGUAAGGAAAACACUAUACAGCUGCUCAGACUGAAGAAGUCCGAAUGCUUAUCGGACCAUUUGAUGCUGCAGUGGCAUUGUGAUGAAGCCAGACGGAGGUUUCAGCUCACCUACAUCGUGGUUGAGUUUAUUCCACAAUGCCAAGUUCUAAAGCCUUGACGGUGGAGGAAUGCUUCAGCAACAUGCAAUUAUUUUGACCCUGAAUUUUAUCUCUGAUUUCAAUUGAUGAUUGAUCAUGAGUGCUAUAGUGGCACAACGACCUAGUGUAUCCUGCAAUAUGAACUUGAAGAAUAUGCUUAUUUAAGUUGUGAUUGAUGGGUGUGGAAAAAUAGUUAUGGAAAUGCUUGUAACUCUUAUAGAUCCUUGUGAUAUCUUUUCUGCUAUUAUUUGUUUAUAUUAUAGAAGAACAUGGUGGCAGGGUUUGUAUGUAAAGCUGUGGUUAUACUUAAAACUUGUGACUCGAGAUAUUUAAUGUC